AUGCUAAGAGAUUAUAUGGACAAGAUUCAUAAUAAAACAACUAAGAUUAAAAAAAUUUGGAUGUUAGCUAAUGAAACUAAAAUCAUAGAAGAGAUAAGUGAGGUCAAUGAAGAGGUGAAUAAUGAUAAAGAGAUAAAUGAGGUUGAUAAAGAGAUAAAUGAGAUCGAUAAAGAGGAAGAGGAGGUUGAAGAAGAGAAAAAUUAG